CUCAGCCCCGAGGGGCAGCCUUAUCCCAUCCCCUAAUUCAUUCGCCUUUAAGGCUGUUGAUUCUUGACUCUUGGCAGGUGUAAAUCUCAUUUAUCUAGCUCUUUGUGUUGUGCUGCAUUGAUCUACUGUGGAGCUUUUCUCCUACAUCAACGCCGCUGCCAACCUGCAUCGUCAAUUAGUUGACUCCCGGACUACUCGCACGGUUUUUCACGACAGAUUGCAUUCGCUGACGAUGUCUCUUGUCGCUCUCGGUCGCACACCUCGGACAGGUAAUGCCGACGGAUCAGUGACGAAGUCGCUCGAAGUUGCGCUCUCAGACUUUGGCAGCGUCCUCACUGACGAUGAGAGGAAGCAGCUGCAGCAGAUUAAAGAAGUGCCCGAUGCAUCCGCGGCACUCGUCUUCACUGCCAAGCUCGGUGCAUCGAAUAUGACCAGGCGAGGAAGAAGCAUCGGCGCGCGGGCGUUCUCAAUGCUGCAGUCAGUUCAGCAAUUCUCGGCAUUCGUUGAAACCUUCGUUUCAAGCCAUCCGGACGUUGCUGCACUUGUAUGGGGGAGUGUCAAGCUUACAGUACUCAUAGCAGCCAACAUUACCUCGUACUACGAGUCUCUCGCGGAUUUGUUUAUGGGUCUCAAUAAACUUUUCCCCCAACUCGAGGAAUACCAGCUUCUCUUUCCUCGCUCUUCUACACUUCAGGAAUCAAUAUGUACAUUCCAUGCCUCUAUUGUUCAAAUGUGUAAGGAGAGUAUCCGGCUAACACGGCAACCAUGCAAGGAUAAAGAAAGUCACAACUGAGUUGCGAGACAAACUUCGUCCUCAGCUUGAGAACAUCCAGAUUUGUGGCAAAGAUGUUAAGAAGGCUAUUGCUCUAGCUAAAGCAACGUCUGAUCGACAAGAACAAGAACUCCAGGAACAAGAACGAAAACUUGCGGACAAACACAGGAAGCAUUUGUCAAUUUUCACGUCACAAGCUCAAAGAGAGCUUGAAGAUGCCAGAGAAUGGCAAAGACGAAGAGACCGGGAUCUCUUGAGGGAGAAGAGAAUGAAAUUGCUUGACGCUUUGUCAACGUACGAACACCAAAAGAACUUCUAU